AAUACUUUUGGUCAUCGUUGCAGACAUCAGUUCAGCUAACGAUUUCGUGCUCUUAACGGUCCUCACUCACUCGAGCUCACUCCUUACAGCCUCCUCUACAGGAUUCAGCGUCCAGUCGUCCUUCGUCCUUGUUUUUAGCUACGUGUUCGCGCCGUGUGUCCGUUUGCCGUUCGUGCUCGAUAAUUAAAAUGAAGUACUUUGUUGCCAUCGCUCUGCUGUUCGCCGCCGCUCAGGCCGUUCCCAUCGAGCUGGGCCACUACGCCCCUGCGCUGGUGCAUCAUGCGCCAGUCCUGUCGCACGCCGUCCAUGCCGUCCACGCCGAGCCGGUGGCCUAUCCCAAGUACUCCUUCAACUACGGCAUUAAGGAUCCCCAUACCGGCGACAUCAAAUCGCAGGCCGAGGAGCGCGACGGUGAUGUGGUGAAGGGCCAGUACUCCCUGGUUGAGCCCGAUGGUUCAGUGCGCACCGUCGACUACACCGCCGACGAUCACAAUGGCUUCAAUGCCGUCGUCCACAAGACCGCCCCCACCAAGAUCAUCGCCCAUGCACCCGUGCUGCAUGCCGCCCCCGUGCUGGCCCCCCACACCCUGCUGCAUCAUUACUAGGAAGCGGGAGCCUGACUUAGUCACCAAGGUGCUCUCCCUCUCGCUCUCAUCCAUUCACACCAGAAUCUUCAUAGGAACAACAACAAACAGAAAAA